AUGGAAGCCAACAAGCGGAAGCGAGCCGCCCUGGCUUGCAACUAUUGUCGCAAAAGGAAACGAAAGUGCGAUGGAAAGCAGCCCGUCUGCACGCUCUGCGAGGAGGCCAAUGACUCUCAGUGCGAGUAUCGUGAUACCGAAGAAAAUCGGAAUAUCGCUGCCUUGGAGGAUCAAGUUACAGUUAUCUUGGAUAGGCUAGGAUCGCUCGAGCAAGCUCUCUACAGUCGGACACCCGAUUCUGGGUCUUCAAACCGGCAGUAUUUGGAUGAAUAUCCUAUCGACGCGCAACCUCACGGUGAAAUCUUAGCUUCGGGGCCAGUUCUAUCACCGUCUUAUCAUGAUAUACCCUCAAACAGCUCCCCUGCUUUAGAACGGCCACUGGGGCCAUCAUUUGGGCCCCAAUUUACACCCGCCAGUGAACCCAACCAUGCAAUGUCUAUCCCCCUGGACCACUCCACCACGACCGGGGAACUCCUACGCUCCGCUCCAGCUCGGGCUUUACUGGGACACUACCCUGUUGACAUCUUUCUUCAUGUGGAGUUGGAGCGCAGCAUCCCAGAGUCUCUAGCGCUCAAUCCAACAGUCCCUGCCACAGCCGAUAUCCCAACUAUCUUGGAGGAAGAUGCCGCCAGCUUGGUACAAAGUUUCUUCAUCAAUGUCCAUCCAUUUCAUCCUGUCCUCGAUGAGGCGGGGUUUCACGGCGUUCACAAUAUAGCUUUUGGGCAAGGGCUACAACCUGGCCUUGAAUCGGCCCAUGUAUCAACGGUAUUGGCCCUCGGUUGCGUGUCCAGAGAGACAUACAGUUCCGGCAGCGACCCUUGGGCCCCAGGCUCCCACUUUCUACCCUCUGCAGUUGGGAUCCUCCUCACUCAAGGACUACGACAUUUUGGGAAUAGUUUGCUUUUGCCACAGUCACUGUAUCUGGCGGCAUUAUACUACAGCUUUUUAGCUAGACCAUUGCAGGCCUGGCGAUUAGUGCAUAUGGCAUCCACUGAAAUCCAGCAUUACUGGAUCCGGCAACACGAGUCCCGAAAUCAAUCCAUACUCCGACUCUGUUGGGCCAUCUUUAUUCUCGAAUGUGAUAUUGUGGCCGAGCACCAUCUGCCUCGGAGUGGAAUAGAAAACGUAGUAGAAAAUUUACCACUCCCUCGAUUUGGCACUUCACCAGAGCCAUCCAUGCUCCGCUGGUUAGCCAAUAUUUCCUCUCGUCGCUUACUCAACCGCAUACACUUUGUUCUCUACGAUGGCCUGCAGUCAGGAUCAGAAUGCGUAGACUCUCCCGCUUCUAAUCCAGCUGCUCAGCCUCUUGCCACAUCAAUAUUUAAGAUGUCCAACGAGCUUAAUCAUCAGCUGCAUGCUUGGUUUGAACUCCUCCCAGAUGUUAUUAAAGUGGGAUUUGAGAACGACCACCCGAGCAUUGACGAAGCUGUACUUACUAUGCGCUUUCAUGCCGCUGGAGAUAUCAUCCAUCGGCCAUUUCUACUACAUGUGUGUUCUCUGGCUCCGCAUGCAGCAGUGGAUCGCCGCAUUGUGGAAAAGGCGGAGAAAUGCUUGCAUCACUGUAGAGGAUAUCUACAGGCUGUAAAGCAUGUUGUGCAGACAUCAACCGCGUCAUUAGAAGUAUUUCUCCAUUCCUUGGCCGAUAUUGCCAGAAUACAAGCACAAACUAUCCCCAUUCUUGAGAAAUGGGCCUUCCCCGGAUCUAGCAUUGAGACCAUGCUAUCUAUUGUACGCAUAGUUCGAGCCAAAUGCAUCUGUCGGCCUUGA